AUGGAAGAAGCGCUGAGCGAAUGGCUGGCCAACGCCAAUGACACCGUGAACAUCAACCUUGUACGCGCUGGCAAGGAAGCCGGCACAUCAGAAGCAGUCUUCGAGGAACCAUUCAAUCCAACAUUCACCUACACAGUGUUUGGAGAAGAAGAGGUCAUCUUUGGCUACCGCAGUCCGCAAAUGAACCUACGUUUUCGCGCGCACGAUCUCCAGCCAUCAUUAGAGUUCAAGCACGAUGGCGUCUUCGAAGCGAUUGGGGAAACGAAGCCGAUGGACAUUCUGGAGAUAUUAAAGGAUUUCCUCCCUGAAGAUGCCCUGCGAACGGACAACCAGUCUCUGGCGGACCUAACUGCAACCGAUACAGGCGCCAGCUCCUGGACCCCACCGGGCAACCUUCAGCACAGCUACACGCACAAUGAGAGAAGAUUCGAAAUAUGGUGUUCAAGCCUAGCCGAUCCGACGGCGAAGGAGAUCCUACGACGUAUGCAGAUCCUGGUACCGUUCUAUAUCGAAGGAGGCACGUGUCAAAACCUCGACGAUCAAGAUUGGACCCUGGAACGAUGGAAGAUCUUUCUGAUCUACGAAGUCGCAAACCCUCCUCCCGCAAACCCAGCGCGAUCCCCCUACACCAUCGUCGGCUUCUCAACAUCCUACCGCCUCUGGGUCUUCCCCUCCGGCCGCAAAACCAUCGACGAAUUCUUCAUCCACGUCUCCAACGGCGCCGCCUCCCUCCCCACACCCCCACCGACCCUCGACCCAGAAUCCAUAGACCCCGAAGCGGCGCCCUCCUUCCUCUCUUACAACCCCCUCGACUCCCACAGCCGCGAGCGCAUAUCCCAGUUCCUGAUCCUCCCGCCCUACCAGCACCAAUCCCAUGGCACACACCUCUACACCGCCAUGACAGAGCUCUUCCUCGCCGACCCCCACGUCUGCGAAGUCACGGUCGAAGACCCCAAUGAGGCCUUCGACGACAUGCGCGACUACUGCGACCUCCUCCGCCUGCGCCAGGACCCCUCCUUCGCGGCCCUCACCCUCGCAGACAGCGUAUCCCCCGGCUCCCUCGACCCGGAAAAGGACGUCCCGACCGAGCAGCUGCUGCCCGAAUCGACCCUCACGGCUCUCCGCCAAGCGUCUAAGAUCUCGCCGAGGCAGUUCAGCAGGUUGACGGAGAUGCAGCUCCUGUCGAAGAUCCCGCCACGCCACCGCAGUCGAGCGCGCAUCACUCGCAAAGCCAAGGCCGCCGAUCCGAAUGAUCGAAGAUACUACUUCUGGCGCCUCGCUGUGAAAGUCAGACUCACGAUUAAGAAUCGGGAUCAGCUGGCCCAGUUGGAUGUAGAAGAGCGUAUCGAGAAGCUUGAGGAGACGCUGGCAGGCGUCGAAGAGGAGUAUGUGCGUAUUCUCGACGGGGCAGAGAAGAGGGCGAAGUUUGUGGAUAGUGUCGCGAAAAGCAGGGAGGUUGCGAACGGAAGGCCGAGGAGAGGCUUGAAGAGGAAAGGUCGCGUUAUUGAUGACGAGGAUGACGAUGACGAUGACGAUGAGACGGUAGCUGGCAGUUUCACGCAAGCGUCGGCGGGGGCUAAGAGGCCGAAAGUCGCGGAUGCUAAUGCUGAUGAAUAG